GUUUUGACAGUCAAAACUUUGCGAAACGUUUAUAGCUAGUCCUGUUCCGAACUGCACACAGGAUGCGAUUUUUACCAACAAUCGUUUGGUUUUAUUAUACGAUGUGGGCCACCGUCGAUGUUGGCCGUUGCUUCGUGGUGCCCGGUCAAGAGAAAACACUCUUCCACAUAGCCAGAGGGGUAUUGCAAAAUGACAUGCACUGGAAACACAUCAUCGAAAUUGAGAUGCCUGUCAACACUGAUGAGAUGGACCUACGCGUGGCCGACAUGCUGACAGAACUGGGUUUCGAAAAUAAUAAAGUCAAGGCUCAACCAAUACUUAGGUACCUGACCACCAACCCAGGCUCGACUAGUACCCAACUAUUAUUCGGCAUAAAGAUACUGGCCAACGCCAUGUCUUGUCAGUUUGCCAACACGUUAGGGCUCAACAUGCUCUUCAUAACAAUGCUGUCGUACCGGAAAACGGUGUUCGUGAAUCACAUACGAGAACACAUGUCACGGUUCCAAGUGACACUGUCCAAGUACAUUGACAAACUAGCCGUGUUCGGUGAACCUAUCAACAUUUACGUAACUCUGAGCAACAAUAUAAACAAGCUUUUUGAACAUCACAAUACAACAGAGAUCGUCGAUAAAAAGGUGUACACAGACAACAUUAAACAAAUAAGCAAUUUCAUCAAGGUAAUACGAGAUGACCGAUGUGGAGAAACUCAAUCUGAUAAUUGGUCGCAGAUUGCCGAGACAAUACGUGUGGCCUAUUAUACCCCGAAUUUAUUCAAUAAAAUGCUUCAUAAUACAGUAGCAGAUUUACAAUUAGCUAGCAUGAUCGAAAGCAUGGACCAAUACGAAUUCAUUGAUUUUUCCAGUUUGGACGACGAUUUCUGGAAUAAAAGGCUCGACGUCGUAAAAUAUGUUCGCAGCAAGAUGAAAAACUAAUUGGAAAAGGUACAAAGAAGUAAGGAGACAAUAAUUCUAUAUUAUAAUACUGUGUUUUUUUUUUAUUAUUAAUUUUAUUAUUGUCUCAUUGAAUGUUUAACGUCGAAAACAAUUGUUCGUCUUAUUUUAUUAUUAUUAUUAUUAUUAUCAUUAAUGGUUGUCCGUCGGUUCUUUGGUUAAUCUUUCACUUGCCACUUUUUAAUUUAAAUCAUAUCUUUAAAAUGUGUUUACCAUACGUAAAUUUUUAAUAACUUAAUUUUUGAACACUUUAUUUAUAUAUUGUGCUUGUCUUGUACCGUAAUAUAUGUAUUACACGA